AUGUUGACCACAAUUAAGAGAAGGUUUGGAAUACUCAGCAAUUUCUUCGGCAUAUUAAACCCUUCAACCACAGGAGUGAUUAUUGGAGGCUAUCCACCUGGCCGUGAAAUCCCAGACCACCAGCCAAUAACUCGAACUGAUACUGCUCCAAAAUUGCAAUCAACUACUCUUCCUAAUGGUGUUCGAAUUGUUACAGAAAGCACAAGAUUCCCAGGAAAUGUGAGGUUUGGCGUAACUAUUGAUGCAGGCACUCGUGACGAGACUGCUGAAACCUCAGGAGUAGUUAAUGCUUUAAGACAGACUUUCUUAAAGACCAAUGUCAGGACCAAUGAACAAAUCAACUACUGUAUGAUACAAAGCUCUGGAGGAGCAUUCUCUAUGGAGUUCAAUCAAGAGUUUAUGAACUAUCAAGGCCACUGUUUAGCUCACGAUUUCUAUGAUAUGAACCAAAUGCUUGCUGAUUGUGUUCUUGACGAAAAAACUCUUAUUGAUGAAGAAGCAGCUCAGUGGAGAACAGAUGAAAAAUUCAGGCUUGAUGAAUAUAACUUAACCCUACCAAAGAAAAUCGAAAAUGUCUGGCUCAGCACUGCCUAUGGGUAUAAAGGAUUUGGAAACCCUCUUAUGGGACACCAAGCCCACUUCCAAAGCAUUGGGUUUUUCAUGCUGAAUAAUUGGAGAAAGGCAACAAUCACACCUGACAGAAUUGUAGUGUGGGGAGCAGGAAUUGAUAAGCACGAAGAAUUUGUGAACACAGUUACAGACUAUUAUCGAUUUAUUGACCCUAUCAAAGCUCCUAAAAGAGAACCUUCAGUUUACUUAGGAGGAGAGUUCCGUGAAAUCUGUGAUUCACCUUUAACUCAUGUAAGUUUAUCUUUCAAAGGAUUUUCGAGAUCACAGCCUGAGCGUCAUGCUGCUUGUGUUCUUAAAUAUUUAAUUGGCCAAAGCAACACUGGGCUAUUUAAUAGAGCUCACACCAAUUUCCAUCAAAAAAAUCCUUGGCUUGUUUAUGUUGAUCCUCACCAUGAAACUUUCCAAGACAGUGGCAAUUUUAGAAUCAACGUAGCAGCACCAAAUGAAAAAGCAGCAGAGCUCAGUGAAGCUCUUGUCAAAGAGCUCCGUGACCUGCAAAAUGUGACUGAUGAAGAAGUAGUAAGAGCCAAACAAAAGCUUAAGAGGGCAACUUACAACAAAUACCAAGACCCUGAUGCCAGAAUGAUUAAACUCACCAGAGAGUUUGCACAAACAGGAGAACUUAAAGGAUAUGAAGAUUUCGAAAAAAAUAUUGAGAGUGUCACAACUGACCAAGUUAGGAAAGCAGCUGCAGCAAUGCUUAAGUCAUACCCAACUGUAGUAGUUUUAGGUGGAAACCCUCAUGGUAUCCUUAGCGCUCAAUCCUUCCAGGAAAAACUUAGAUAA